CUGACCUCUGGACAGGUAUAUAAAGAGCCCAGGCUCAGGGGGCUCCACACCUGCACCUCCCUCUCACCUGCUCCUCUACCUGCUCCACCCUCAAUCCACCAGAACCAUGGGCUGCUGUGGCUGUUCCGAAGGCUGUGGCUCCGGCUGUGGGGGCUGUGGCUCCGGCUGUGGGGGCUGUGGCUCCGGCUGUGGGGGCUGUGGCUCUGGCUGUGGGGGAUGUGGCUCCAGCUGCUGUGUGCCCGUCUGCUGCUGCAAGCCCGUGUGCUGCUGUGUGCCAGCCUGUUCCUGCUCCAGCUGUGGCUCCUGUGGGGGCUCCAAGGGAGGCUGUGGCUCCUGUGGGGGCUCCAAGGGGGGCUGUGGCUCUUGUGGGGGUUCUAAGGGGGGCUGUGGUUCUUGUGGCUGCUCCCAGUGCAGCUGCUAUAAGCCCUGCUGCUGCUCCUCAGGCUGUGGGUCAUCCUGCUGCCAGUCCAGCUGCUGUAAGCCCUGCUGCUGCCAGUCCAGCUACUGUAAGCCCUGCUGCUGCCAGUCCAGCUGCUGUAAGCCCUGCUGCUGUUCCUCAGGCUGUGGGUCAUCCUGCUGCCAGUCCAGUUGCUGCAAUCCCUGCUGCUCCCAGUCUAGCUGCUGUGUCCCCGUGUGCUGCCAGUGUAAGAUCUGA